GCCAUAGCCACAGGCCCACAGGUACAGUCUGAGAAAUAAACCCUAAACCCCUAAAACUAGAAAAAACCUCUCUCCGCUGCUAUUUGCCUGCUCUUUCUUAAUCUUAAAAUUCAGCGUAAACAAGCUUCAAAAAAUGGAGAAAGACACCUCCUUUUUACUCACUGGCAUCAAAUUCAAUAAGAAGAGGUUUGCCGGUGAUUUUUCCCGCUUCAAGAAGAGAAAACAAAGAAAUGAUGAUAGUCCAGUGGAUGAUUUGAGCUACUUCAAAAGAGAAGAUACUGAAGCAGAGAAAGUGGUAGUUUCUGUCAAUAAGAAGAGGAAGAGGAAAACUAAAGCAGAAAGGGUGGAGGGGUUCAGUGUGUUUAAGGGUUCAGAUUCGGUGCCGGUAGUGACCGAUGAAGGAAGUGAACAGGAGGAAAAUAAUCAGAAGGAAUUAAAUAGGCAAAAUGAGCGGGAUUUACGUUUAAGGAAGAAGUAUGGCAUCCAUGUCUCUGGAAACAACGUUCCAUCCCCUCUGCAAAGUUUUGCAGAGUUAAGCACAAGAUAUGGAUGUGAGUCAUAUUUAUUGCACAAUUUGGUAAAACUUGGAUUUAAGGAGCCAACACCAAUUCAAAGGCAGGCUAUUCCAGUCCUCCUAUCUGGUCGGGAAUGCUUUGCAAAAGCGCCAACUGGAUCUGGGAAAACUUUGGCUUUUGUGUAUCCCAUGCUCAUGAAAUUGAAGCAACCAUCAAAGGAUGGGAUCAGAACUGUUAUCUUGUGUCAUACACGAGAGUUAGCAGCUCAGACAACCAGGGAGUGCAAGAAAAUGGCUAAAGGAAGUAAAUUCCGUAUUAAGCUAAUGACCAAAGAGCUUUUGAGAAAUACUGAUUUCACAAAGCUACCUUGUGAUAUCCUUAUAUCAACACCUCGUCGUUUACAGUUAUGUAUCUGCAAGAAGAAGAAGAAGAUAGACUUAAGCAGGGUUGAGUAUCUUGUUCUCGAUGAAUCUGAUAAGCUAUUUGAGCGCAGCUUGUUAGAGCAGACUGAUUCUGUGGUGAAAGCAUGCUCUAACCCAUCGAUAAUACGUUCUCUGUUUAGUGCUACCCUACCUGGUUUUGUCGAGGAUGUUGCACGCACUGUUAUGCAUGAUGCUGUUAGAAUUAUUGUUGGUGACAAGAAUGCAGCUUCUGAAUCUAUCAAACAAAAAUUGAUAUUCGCUGGAAGUGAAGAAGGAAAACUUCUUGCACUCCGACAAAGCUUCGCAGAGAGUCUGAAUCCACCAAUGUUGAUCUUUGUUCAAAGCAUUGAGCGAGCAGAAGAACUAUAUGGAGAGCUGAAAUUUGACAGCAUUAGAGUUGGUGUUAUUCAUUCGAAUCUAUCACAGGAGCAGCGAGAGAGUGUAAUCGAUGACUUCAGAGCUGGAAAGACAUGGGUUUUGAUUGCAACUGAUGUGCUUGGUCGGGGUAUGGAUUUCAAAGGUGUCAAGUGUGUAAUUAAUUAUGAUUUCCCAGAUUGUGCUGCUUCAUACAUUCACAGGAUUGGUCGGUCGGGCAGAGCAGGGAGGAUUGGUGAAGCUAUUACUUUCUACACGGAACAUGAUAUUCCAUAUUUGCGAAACAUAGCUAAUGUGAUGACUGCUUCAGGCUGUGAGGUUCCAUCUUGGCUCACGGAUAUGCCCAAAAAGAAGUGGAAGAAGCACUGUCCACGAAGAGAAUCAAUCUCAACAAAACCAAAAGAUGAGGAAGAAUGAAACAGUAUUGAAGCAAACCUAAGAGAUUUUUGUGUGUUGUUUUUCGGAGACAGGGUAGCAGUCUGCUGCUUUGAAUCUCUGCCACCAUUUUGUCCCAUGAUUCGCACCUAUAGCUUGUUGUCAAUCUUAAAGAAUUAAAAGUUGUGUUUACUUUCAGAAAAUAGUAUUUUAAUUUACAUCUCUAGUUCUUCUAUUUAUUCUAAACAUGUUUUUCCUUAGAGAAUUAAGGAAACAUGGUUAUUAAAUAUAUUUUUAAUAUCCUAGAUGGUGUUUUUCAAGUUGAGACCUCCCAGUAACUUGUAGUUCAAGGGAGGUUUGAUGAAUGGUUUGAUUUAAUAAAUAAAUGUGUACGUGUGUGGUAAAUGAAAGCAUGUUGUCAUUGUGACAUGUUGACUUUGAGCAA